AUGGAUCAAAUUGAGGUUCCACCAUAUUUUCUUUGCCCGAUCACUCUUGAGAUCAUGAAAGACCCUGUGACGGUCUCAACAGGCAUAACAUAUGAUCGAGAAAGUAUAGAGCAAUGGUUGUUUUCUCGGAAUAAUAGUACCUGCCCAGUUACGAAACAAGUUAUUUCGGAUUCAGAAUUGGCUCCAAACAUCACUGUUCGACGACUUAUUCAAUCGUGGUGUGUCCUCCACGCGUCACAUGGCAUCGAAAGAUACCCUACUCCGAAGGCUCCCAUCAGCAAACCACAACUCCUGAAAAUUUUCAAAGAUGCUAAGUCUUCGCAGAUGCAAAUGAAAUGUCUCCAGAGAUUGAAAUCCAUAGCUUUUGAAAAUGAAACAAAUAAAAGAUGCAUGGAGAAAGCAGGAACUGCAGAAUUCUUAGCUUCAUUGAUUGUUAAGAAAAUCAUGGAAGAAUCUUCAAUUGAAGAAUCAGAAGAUUUAUCUGAAUCGACUAGAAUUACUGAUGAAGCUUUAAGCAUUCUUGUUCAUCUCCAAUUAUCCGAAUCCGGUCUAAAGUCCCUUUUAAGGAACAACGGCGAUCAAUUCAUCGAGUCCUUAACGCAUAUCAUUCAGAGUGGGAGCUAUAAAUCUCGAGCUUAUGCUGUUAUGCUACUGAAAUCCAUGUUUGAAGUAGUUGAAGAUCCAAUACUGUUGACCGUCCUAAAACCCGAAUUCUUCAUUGAAUUAGUCCAAACCUUGAAAGAUCAGAUUUCUAGAAAGGCCUCAAAAUCCUCUCUGAAAAUUCUUACCAUUGUCUGUCCAUGGGGAAGAAACAAGAUCAAAGCGGUGGAAGCAGGAGCAGUGUCUUCAUUAAUCGACCUUUUACUCGACACUUCAGACAGAAGGGCUUGUGAAAUGAUGCUAACGGUGUUGGAUUUUCUAUGCCAAUGUGCAGAAGGAAGAGCAGAAUUAUUAAAGCACAGGGCAGGAUUGGCCAUUGUGUCAAAGAAAAUACUUAGGGUUUCACAAGUUGCAAGUGAAAGGGGAGUUAGAAUUCUACAUUCGAUUUCGAAAUUCUCUGCAACUCAUGCAGUUCUUCAAGAAAUGUUGCAGAUUGGUGCCGUGACAAAGCUGUGCCUUGUGCUUCAAGUUAAUUGUGGAACAAAAACAAUACAGAGAGCUGGAGACAUACUUAAAUUGCACGCAAGAUCAUGGAAGAGCUCUCCAUGUGUGCCCAUGUGUUAG